GCCUAACAGCCCGGUGCAGCAAAUCAGUUACAAAAACUACAUUCAACGUUUUUUUUUUUCACGUGAAGUAAACUUAAAAUCCACAUUCACAAAAUGGCAUUCAAGGUCAUCUUCUGCAUUGCCGCCAUGGCGAUUGCCUGCGCCCAGGCCAAGCCCGGCGGCCCAGCUGCCUACUCGAUUAACGCGCCCAGCGUGGACCACGCCUCCGUUGGCAAUACACAGGAGCAUACGGUGAAGGGACACUACGGCCAGUCAUCGCAGUCGGACUACACCAGCCAGGUGCAAACCGCCCAUUCGCAGUCGCAUGUGCAGCGCUCCAGCAUCAGCAAUGAUGGCGGUUUGGCGCCUGGCCUGGCCUACGGCGGACACUACGCAGCCGCCGCCGCACCCGCCAUCGCCUAUGGCGGCCACUACGCCUCCGCGCCCAUUGCAGCCUAUGGCGGCCAUUAUGCAGCCACGGCGCCCGCUCUCCAGCUCUCGGGCGGCUCCCACCUGAGCCUGGGCAGCCUGGGCUAUGGCUAUGGAUAUAGCGCAGCUGCUGCCGCACCGGCUCUCUCCCACGGCUACCAGCUGGCCGCCCCAGCCGCUGCUCCGAUUGUGAAGUACGCCGCCGCUCCAGCCUAUGCACCUGGCAUCAUUGGACACGGCAUUGGACUUGCUGCCGCACCCGCCUACGCAGCGCCCGCCUAUGCCACGCAUCUGGCCGCCCCAGUGCUCAAGGCCGCCGUCGCACCUGCCCUGGUGCACACCUCCGUCUCCGGCCAUGGCAUUCAGUACGGCUACUAGAGCAGCGAGAUGAGCCAACGUAACCAACCAUCCCCCCCGGCAUGGAGCAAAGGACUAAAAAUAAUAUUCGUGUCGAGCUAAAAAGCUUCUAAUGCAACUCAAAUUCACAGCUGCAGCAAGUGGCGACGUUGCCACAUUUCAGUGCACCUUUUCAUUUCGGAAUCUGUUCUUGUUGAUAUAUAUAUUUUUUUUUGUUUUUUUCUCCUCGCUCUCUGAAUUUUGCACACAUCUGUUAUUAUUUGAUAAGCAUUGGCCAGGCUCCAUGUCAACCAACGGAAAGUCUUUUUAUUGCAUGAAUAUUAAUUUUCGUCGUUUUCUCCGUAUAUUGUGCGUGUGUUUUUUUUUUUUUUAUCGCGGUUGAAUUUACGUUUUAUUUAAAGUUAUUUUGUACAGAAAAUGCAUGUGAAAUGUUGGAAAAAAAUAAAAAUCAUUUUAUACAUAA